CGGGAUGGAAGAUCUGACGAGAGGGAGAGAGGACAGUGAAUGAAGACCGUAAAGAAAAGAACUACCGCCACUUUUUCAGUUUUAUCUGCUGAGCUCCAGACUGAUGAGUGGAUCUAAAGGUGCUGGACUGUCGGGCUGAUAGACGGGAAGACAGGGGAAAGGGAAGACAGGGGAAAGGGAGGACAGGGGAAGACAGGGGAAGACAGGGAAGGGAAGAGAAGAGAGAAGACAUUGUGAGCUGAGGAGGAGACCCGACGUGUAUGUUGGUCACUUGCAGUUGUUGCUGAGACUCACUCAGACGGACCAUGUGGUUUUUGCCAAGGAGAAACUGUCGCCUCUCCCCUCAGCAGCAGGACCAUGGGGUCUGGCACGGUGCCCACAUACCCAGCGCCAUCUCCAGCCUCAGUAUCACCACGUCUUUCUGGAUCGUAAUUUCUUCCUGGUGCUUGGUGGCCGUCCAAAGCCAGUCCUACCACCCCACUGUGAACACGCAGUAUGGGAAACUCCGGGGGGUGAGAGUGCCCCUACCCAGUGAGAUACUGGGACCAGUGGACCAGUAUUUGGGGGUCCCGUAUGCAGCCUCCCCAGUGGGGGAGAAACGCUUCCUGCCCCCCGAGCCGCCCUCCUCCUGGUCAGGGAUAAAGAACACCACCCACUUUGCCCCCGUUUGCCCCCAGAAUAUUCACAACGCCGUGCCAGAGAUUAUGAUGCCCAUAUGGUUCUCCUUCAGCCUGGAUAUAGUGGCCUCUUACAUACAGGAUCAAAACGAGGACUGUUUGUAUCUAAACAUCUACGUUCCUACGGAGGAUGACAUACGAGACACCGGGGCCAAACCGGUGAUGGUGUACAUCCACGGGGGAUCCUACAUGGAGGGGACCGGGAAUAUGAUCGACGGGAGCGUCCUGGCCAGCUACGGGAACGUCAUCGUGAUCACCCUGAACUACCGCGUCGGCGUACUAGGGUUCCUGUCUACAGGAGACCAGGCAGCUAAGGGGAACUACGGCCUACUGGACCAGAUCCAGGCUCUGAGGUGGAUCAGUGAAAACAUUGGAUACUUCGGAGGAGACUCCAACCGUAUCACGGUGUUCGGAUCUGGGAUAGGAGCAUCCUGUGUCAGCCUGCUCACCCUCUCACACCACUCUGAAGGUCUGUUCCACCGUGCCAUCAUCCAGAGUGGCUCUGCCCUGUCCAGCUGGGCGGUCAACUACCAGCCUGUGAAAUACACCCGUCUGCUGUCUGAGAAGGUGGGCUGUAACGUUCUGGAUACCCUGGACAUGGUGGACUGUCUGAGGAAGAAGAGUGCCAGGGAGCUGGUUGAGCAGGACAUCCAGCCAGCACGGUACCAUGUGGCCUUCGGACCGGUUAUAGACGGAGACGUCAUACCUGAUGAUCCAGAGAUCCUCAUGGAGCAGGGAGAGUUCCUGAAUUAUGACAUCAUGCUGGGAAUCAACCAGGGGGAGGGGCUUCGCUUUGUUGACAACGUGGUCGACUCAGAGGACGGCAUCUCCGGCAACGACUUUGACUUCUCAGUGUCGGACUUCGUUGACAGCCUCUACGGUUACCCAGAAGGCAAAGACACUCUGAGAGAAACCAUCAAGUUCAUGUACACGGACUGGGCGGACCGUGAAAACCCAGAGACACGACGUAAGACGCUGGUCGCCCUGUUCACCGACCACCAGUGGGUGGAGCCGUCCGUGGUGACGGCGGACCUCCACGCCCGUUACGGCUCGCCAACGUACUUCUACGCCUUCUACCACCACUGCCAGAGUCUGAUGAAGCCGGCCUGGUCGGACGCAGCCCACGGGGACGAGGUUCCCUACGUGUUUGGGAUCCCCAUGAUCGGACCUACAGACCUGUUCCCCUGUAACUUCUCCAAGAACGACAUCAUGCUCAGCGCCGUGGUGAUGACAUACUGGACCAACUUCGCCAAGACCGGGGACCCCAACAAGCCUGUUCCUCAGGACACUAAGUUCAUCCACACCAAGGCUAACCGCUUUGAGGAGGUAGCCUGGUCUAAGUACAACCCCCAGGAUCAGCUGUACCUCCAUAUCGGCCUGAAGCCCCGCGUCAGGGACCACUACCGAGCCACCAAGGUGGCCUUCUGGAAACACCUGGUGCCCCACCUGUAUAACCUCCACGACAUGUUCCACUACACCUCUACCACCACCAAGGUCCCCCCAUCCGAGACGACCCAGAACUCCCUGUCCACCAAGAAGACGUGGCCCUUCAACACCAAGCGGCCCCCCAUGUCCCCGGCCUACAACAACGAGGAUAAUGAGGCGUGGAACGGAGACGAGGAGACCGGGCCGUUGGUCAUAGAGAACCCUAGGGACUACUCUACGGAGCUCAGCGUCACCAUCGCCGUGGGAGCCUCGCUGCUCUUCCUCAACGUUCUAGCCUUCGCAGCGCUUUACUACCGGAAGGAUAAACGGAGAGAGGCUUCGGCAGGUCACCGGGGUCAACCCAGCCCACAGACCCGCCACGGCCAGGCUACGUCCAACGACGUCGGUCACCACCAGGGUCCCAACGAGGAGGAGAUCAUGUCCCUGCAGAUCAACCAGACGCAACACGAGUGUGAGGCGAUGGGGGUGGGGAACCCGGGGAAUGACGGAGGGCUGCGUCUGGCCUCGCUUCCCGACUACACUCUGACCCUGCGGAGGUCACCGGACGACAUCCCUCUGAUGACCCCCAAUACCAUCACCAUGAUCCCAAACUCUCUGGUGGGGAUGCCCAACCUGCACCCUUACAACACUUUCACAGCCGGGUUCAACUCCACCGGCCUGCCCCACUCCCACUCCACCACCCGGGUAUAGCUUUACGGAGGAGAGGGGGAUAGUGGAGGAGAAGAGGAUUCUGUUUUUAUAAAUA